GAGGUAUGCCAACGCGCCAUUAAGCUUCAAUUUCAAGACAAUGGCGACGCCAAGAUCCAGCUCUUCUGGGGAUGCUAGAUACAACUCAUCUGCUUCAAGCAGCGCACAAACUUCCUACAAUGUGAUGUCUGCAGCUCACCCUUUUGACCAGGAUUUGCCCAUUCUCAUCUUGGACGACGCUGGCUUUACAAAUGUCUUUACAAAUGUCACUCAGAUGCCUAAGGCUACUGUCAAUCACCAUACUGAGCUCAUGAAUCUUCUAGGCUCAGGCAAGAUCAAGCAGAAUAUUGUCCGUCUUUUCUCGAUAAUGAUCAACAUGAUAAAGCACAUUCAUAUUGCACUGUUCCACGCCUCGAAUCGUCAUAUAAUCGAAGAUCCCAUCCUUGAGCAAGUGAUGCGAGUCACCUAUUCGAUGAUAAUGGCAUAUGACACCAUCCAACGUAGCAUACAGGGCAGAUUCAGCACGCUCUGUGAUUUGCAGCUUCAUCUUCCCAGGCUCGAAUCUCUCAUCGAUCCUUACGAAUUACGCAGUGCGGUUGUGCUUUGGAUAGAGAGGCUUAGGGCAGUUCAAGCUCUCUCCAAGGCAGAAUGCCAUUUGUACUUUCACUUUGCAGAAUUCUACGAGGAACAAAUCUAUCACUCUUUCCUGCAGAAGCAUCGGGCAGACCCUGAACACGACAUCUGGGAGCUCGCAGCUCAUUUGAACAGCGUCUAUGCAGUUGUGGAGGACGUUGCCAUCUUAUCUCGACAAUUUGCAGCAACUUCGGAGAUUGUGAGGCAGUCCAUCUACACUGCUUUAGAGCGCCUCAAUGAGACCCCGCGUGUUUGGGCGGAAGACCGCAAAGUCACCAUGUGCAGGGUGAAGUUGGAGAGGAGCGCUGCGGAGGCCGGGGAGCAAUUUGAACUGAAAUUAUCGAGAUCUGCGGAGAUAAAGGACCUUAGAGCUUUCAAGGCGAGAGUGGAACGCGAUCUUGCUGCAAUAGCUCAAAGUGGAAGAUCAGCAGCUCUGAAGCGCCAGCCGGCAACUAGGAAACCAUCGAGUACGGCUUCAAGCUGA